AUGGCAUGUCCGGACGACGAGAAGGUCGUUUAUGCUACUUUCAUGCUCGUGGGUGAAGCAGAGCAUUGGUGGAGGAUCGCUCGCCAACAGUUGGUGACGGAUGGGACCGCUAUUGAUUGGCCAACUUUUCGGUGUAGAUUCCUUGAGAAGUACUUUCCUGAGGAUCUUAGAAGGAGAAAGGAACUAGAAUUUCUAAACCUGAAGCAAGGAAGUACAAGUGUAGGGGAGUACGCGGCCAAGUUUGAUGAGUUGUCGAGAUGUGGUCAGCAAGGCCACUAUAGCUCUUCUUGCCAUUUGGCGAGGAAUGAUGCGGGAGGAAACGACAAAGGGAGAAAUUGGAAUGGAAAUCGUAGCAAUAGUGGUCAGAAUCAGACGGGAAAUCGUCGUCAGCCAAAUCCUACUAACUCUACGAAUCCUUCUAGAAGACCUAACAUGAGGGGAUGUGUGUACACAAUGAGUGGUAUUGAGGCCACUCACUCUGAUGACUUGAUCCAAUGUGCGUGUGUUAUAAAUGGUGUUUCUUUAAGAGUAUUGUAUGAUUCUGGAGGAACGCAUUCUUUUAUUUCCAAUGAUUGUGUGAGGCAGUUGAAGUUGCCUAUCUCUCUUAUGACCGGAAACCUUAUUGUCUCUACCCUUGCCGGUCCCUCUAUUGCCACCUCCCUUGUUUGUCGUGAUUGUCGUAUUUAUUUGGAAGGUCAAGAAUUCCUUGUUAACUUGAUCUGUUUACCCCUCUCUGAUUUGGAUGUCAUCCUAGGUAUGGAUUGGCUUUCUGCCAACCAUGUUAUGUUAGACUGUCCAAAUAAGAAGUUAGCUUUUAGUUUGAACAAUGUUGAAAGGACUAAGGAGGAAACUCGAGAAAGCCAAGAUGGUAAUUGUACCCGUGAUCCAAGGGAUGCGAAAACGAUAAUUUUCGCGGUUUUUGCUAUUGACGAUCCUAAGGAUGACCCUGUGCUUGAUGAGAUAUCCGUCGUUCAUGAAUAUCUUAAAGUUUUUCCCAAAAACGUGCCUGGAUUGCCUCUGGAGAGAGAAGUUGAAUUCUCUAUAGACUUGGUUCCUGGCACUGGACCAAUUUCCAUGGCACCCUAUCAGAUGUCGCCCGUAGAACUUACUGAGUUGAAACAAUAA